UUUUUCAAUUUUCCAGUGGAUUUUUGACGUUGCUGCUACUUGCUCGUUUUAUCUAGUUUUCCUCCAUGUAGUGCUUAGGUUUUCAUAAUGUUUCUAAUAUAAGUAGUUCUGUAGGAAAAUAAACUAUAUAAAUCUUAAAUGACGCCCACGAAGACCACAAAAACUGAAGUAGAAAUGGUGAUACGGAAUAGAAAAACUGUUAUGAAAGACGGGAUUAUGACAAUGUCUGGCAUCGGCGAGCCCUCCGUGUUCCACGCUCUGGUGGUGAUAUUCCUGGAGUUUUUCGCGUGGGGUCUGCUCACGAUGCCGAUAAUUUCGGUGCUGAACGCCACCUUCCCGGAUCACACGUUUUUGAUGAACGGUUUAAUAAUGGGAAUCAAGGGCAUCCUGUCGUUCCUGUCUGCGCCUCUGAUCGGCGCGCUCUCCGAUGUGUGGGGACGCAAGUUUUUCCUGCUGGUGACAGUGUUCUUCACCUGUGCACCUAUCCCGCUGAUGACGAUCAACACGUGGUGGUUCUUCGCGAUGAUCAGCAUUAGUGGAGUAUUCGCGGUGACGUUCUCUAUCGUGUUCGCGUACGUGGCGGACGUAACCACGGAGGCUGAGCGCUCGCGCGCCUACGGCCUGGUAUCGGCCACCUUCGCCGCCAGCAUGGUGAUCUCUCCGGCACUUGGUGCCUAUCUCAUGGACUUAUAUGGUGAAGCACUAGUGGUAGCUGCUGCUACCGCAGUCGCUAUACUUGACGUGUUCUUUAUUAUGGUGGCUGUACCUGAGAGCCUGCCUGAAAAAGUGAGGCCCAGUGGUUGGGGUCCUGCUAUAAGCUGGGAACAAGCUGACCCCUUCGCUGCCUUGAGAAAAGUUGGUGCAGAACGUACAGUGCUAAUGUUGUGUGUGGCAGUGUUCCUCUCAUACUUACCGGAGGCCGGACAGUAUUCAUGCAUAUUUGUGUACUUGAAGUUAGUGAUGGGCUUCGGAGUGGUCCAAGUGGCAAUAUUUAUUGCAAUAGUAGGUGUGCUUAGUAUUGGUGUACAAGUUGUUCUCGGAUUCUUAAUGAGAUCACUCGGAGCCAAGCAUACAAUUAUGGUGGGACUACUGUUUGAGAUGCUGCAGCUCAUGUGGUAUGGCUUCGGCAGCCGUACGUGGAUGAUGUGGGCUGCUGGAGUGCUGGCUGCACUAGGCUCAGUCACAUAUCCAGCCAUCAGUGCAUAUGUGUCGGUGAACAGCAGGGCCGACAGGCAAGGAGUGGUGCAGGGCAUGGUGACAGGUGUGCGUGGACUGUGCAAUGGUCUGGGCCCUGCCAUGUUUGGAGUGAUAUUCUACUUAUUCCACGUGGACCUGAACGAGGAGCACGCGGCGGCGGGGCGGCCCAACGAGGAGAAGUACGUGCGCAUGGUGCCGGGCCCGCCCUUCGUGCUGGGAGCGCUGCUCGUGAUCUGCGCGCUGCUGGUGGCGGCCUUCCUGCCCGAGGACGGCGCGGCCAGCCGGCGCACGCCGCCCGACCUGCGCUUCGAGCUGGAGCGCGGGCGGCGCGUGGCGGGCCCGCUGUCGCCGCUCAUGGCGCCCGAGUCCGCCGCGCUCUAGCUAGCGGUGAAGGCCGGCCGCGCGGCCAGCGUUUGACUGUCAGUGCUGUGCUCAGCGACAGCGUCCCGUGCAUUUACGAGGUACCAAAGCUAACUCUAGCUCGAGUGAGUGACCGUGAUCCCUAACGUUACGCCGACAACACCGAUACAUUCCCGCGUUGAUACAGCUUAAGCGUCGUGAGUUUUAAGCUUUGUAUUAUAUUUUUAUAUGGUUUGGAGUCGCCGCUGGGGUGUGUACAUAUUUGUCUGAAUAAAAUCAAUGAAAUCGUUGUUUUAAAGUAUGUGUUUCAUGUUUCGAGCUGAGCAUCACACAAUAAGCGGUCACGUCAAGUGGCGCGCCGAGUGUACCUAUGAGUCAAGCCUAGUAGUCAUAACAAUCCAUCGCGGCGGGAUGUUAAUGUUGUCAUAACUCGCCUCAAAAUAAUAAUAUCACACAUUAAGGUCAACUUGAGUGAUUGAUGAGUGGCUAAUUGAUAAUGUUUAGAUUAAGAUAACAUCAUUAUAGAUGUCUCCUGUCCAUAAUAUUGAAACAAAAUAAUUUAUAUAAAUGUAAACAAAGAUUAACGAAUAGAGAAAAACCUUGUUGAAGUUAAGAGUAAAUUUAUAUAAAAAAAAAUACCUAUUGAAAUAAUUGUAUGGAUGCGAGUCUUCCAGCUGCGUACUCCAGUUGGGACUCAAUUAUAUUCUAAAGCCUAUCUACUCAAAGAUCUCUAAAACGAAGGAUUGAUAUUUCAUUUAAUAAUCAGACAUCGAGGCUUCUAUAUGAUAAAUAUUACUGUUAGGUCUAAGUUACAUUUUAAGACCGUUGGACUGGACGCGUAACAAGUUUUACGAGUCUAAAUCGAUAAAACAUCUGCAAUAUACAAGUUAUGACAAUACUUUUCAGACGUAAUUUUUGACGUAACUUUCGAUCUUAUUUGUAAAAUUGCCAGAAAUGCCAGCUGUCUGAUGUUCAGGCGUCUUUAACAGUUUCUAGAAGAUGUUCAUAUACUAAACAAAUAUGUUCACAUUUUUUUAUCUAAAACUUUGUAAAUAUGGUAUGAACGGAGCAGAAACGAAUACUGAUUUACUGAAACCAGCUAUUUUCUAAGAGAAGUUCAAUUUUGUUUUAAAAGAACAUGAUAAUAUUUACAUCGCGUUUUUUCGUUAGAUAUAUAAUAGACCUAAGUAUGGGAAAAUAGUCAAAAAAUAUGUACAAAAUAGGUUUAUAACGUAAUGAUUCCGGUAAUUAAGUAGUAGAACCAUCUUUCCUGAUAAUAAUGUCGGUAUGUGAUAUUUUUCCCAACUGAACUUGCGUAACCAUGAAACUGGCCCUGUACAUGUGCCCUUUGAGACGCAUUGUUAUUUACGCGUCGCUCUGUGCCGCUAGAACGAAGCCUUCGGGAACUGUUCCUAUUCGGUAACAACUUGCAACAUCUGAUACUUGGAUCCGAACAUCCGAUAAUUUUGAAUUUAACAAGUUGUUAAUUAUCAAAAUGUCUGUAAACGACAUAAUGAACGAGUCGUUUCUAUAUUAGUUAUAGAAAUGCAAUAAGACGGUGACGGCAUUAAUUUCACGAUUAUUGCGCAGUAGUUUCCCAUUGCCCAGAGCUCCCUUAUUUUACAAAUUGGUCGUGUAAUAUCAUUCUUAGGUUUUAAUUCUAAUCUUACUGCCUCUGACUAUGUUUUCAUAGCGUUGUUUGCCAGUUAAUUAACAGAUUAGAUAAUGAAGCGCUGAUGAAUCAUGAUUAAAUAUAAAAACAUCGUAUUCAGCAAAACACGGGUAAAUUAAUGUCUGCUGUACUCUUAAGUACAGUGAUAUUCUCCCGUUGCCGCUAUGAGUAGCACAUUCCAAUAUGUGAGAUAUUCUAUAAACAUCUACUAUUGAAAUGGAUUUCCUAUUGAUUACACCGCCACAGACCGAUGCAAGGGAUAUUACCUCGCUCGUCGGCGAUUCGCCGCCGGAUGUCAUUCUGUUUCACCAUACACUGUGGUGUAUCCUAUUAUCACACCUACGGGAUGCGGUGGCACUAUUAACUGUUGCACUUAUGUACAAUAUUCGGAAGUUUGUAAGGCAGAGACAACAUGAUUUCAGCUCACGAAAGUUAAAAAAAAAGAAUUGUGAUUGAUUUUACUAGCCUUUCUUUUAUUUGAAAACUGAACGUCUAGAAACGAUCAUAAAGAAUAGAUAAAAGUUUCUAGAGCAGCAAUCAUAGUCGGAGUUUGAAGAGUCAAUAAAAUAUUGGUUAUAUACCGCAAAGUUAUGUCUAUGUCUAAGCCAGGCAUCUGUCAUUCGGACUUCUUAAAAGGAAUUUGAGGUCAUGCGAGGUUCUUUUGCCCGCUUGGGAAAAGAAAUCUUAGAUAACGUCAGACUUGUUGGAAACCAAGAUAAGGGAGCUUAGGUCCGUAUCUCUAAACAUAUUUUAGCCUUUUACGGCGAAGGGACGCAGUAGCGUUAUGAUUUCUGUAUCCUUUUGCAAAAUGUGCUACUAUAUCUUUCUCUCAAUCAUAGUGAGCCUAACUGACGGAUAUUAUGACGUAAUGCUGUAGAGUGGCGACAGUAUUUAAAUAGUAAUUAAGGACUCGCUCCGCUGGUUCACGUUUCAUUGGUAAUGGGCUCGGUUUAUAAGCAUCGUUGACACCACAUUUUCCCUAAUUAAGGUCUUGAAAUUGUAAGAAUUCGACUAUUUAGACAAUGAUAUUUGUUAAAUGUACAUAAAUGGCGUGGUUCGGACCUAAUCGCAAGAAUGCUGGUUCAUUAUGAUUUCGUCACACUUAAAUGUUUCAAAUGUUUGAAUGCGCUGUUAUUUAUAAUAAAAAUGUUUUUGUUUAAUGA